CGCUGCCGGAACUACUAUGAAAUUCUGGGGGUGGAGAGGGACGCCAGCGAGGAGGACCUGAAGAAAGCCUACCGCAAACUGGCCCUGAAAUUCCACCCCGACAAGAACCGCGCUCCCGGAGCAACCGAGGCUUUUAAAGGUGAGGUGGGGGCUGGCCCGGUCUCCAGAGUCAGAAAGCAGGGUGAAAACGAGAACAGACUGUCUCAGAUGUACAAUUUUGUGCCUUCUAUAAAGGUAUCAUGCAGGUCCGCAUAGCUUGUCGUUUUUAUGGACAGCUGUGUGCAUCUCCACAAAAUCCUGCAGCUGCUUCCAAUAGGCAAUGCUUUUGCAGUUCUGAGCAAUCCUGAAAAAAGAUUACGAUACGAUGAAUUUGGAAGUGACCAAGACUAUGUCAGCACUGGCCAGGCCAGGCACUAUAAUUACUACACAGAAUUUGAAGCAGACAUUACACCAGAAGAAAUAUUCAAUGUGUUUUUUGGUGGGCAUUUCCCUACAGGAAAUAUCCAUAUGUUCUCAAAUGUAGCCAGAGAUGCGCACUAUUAUCCACGGAGGCACCGAAAUGAAAGAGUGUGGACACAUGAACAAGAGGAGGAAGAGAACAGGCCACAGAAUUCAUAUUCUGCAUUUAUUCAGUUGAUGCCAGUUUUCAUAAUAAUAAUAGUGUCAGUUAUAACUCAGCUGAUGGCCACAAACCCACCCUACAGCCUAUUCUACAAAUCCUCCGUAGGCCAUGUUAUUAGUAGAGAAACAGAGAACUUGCAGGUGCCUUACUAUGUUGAUAAAAACUUUGAAAAGAAUUAUCAAGGAGCAGAACUUCAGGAGCUAGAGAAAACCGUUGAAAAAGAUUACAUAGACUAUAUUCAGACCAGCUGCUGGAAGGAGAAACAGCAAAUGGUCUGUAAGGAGAAAGACAGCUGUUUCCUGUUGGAGUGUAAUAGGCAAUGCCUAAUUCGGAAGAGUCGAGUACCUGCUUCAGGUGAGCACUUGAGCAGCUCCCAGCUCUCCCUGCUGUCAGAGGGACUGCACCCCGUGCUGGUCUGACUGGAGGGCUGUGCCCGUUCUGUUUGUGGUGAGACAACGCGCUGAGAUGCCAGCACCGACGUCAAACAAGAAGAGUGUCUGUGAAUUGCACCAAUUCCUGUGUCUGCCAAACUGUAGAGAAAGGACAACUGUAUUUAUUUUCUCAUAUAUUUUCAGUGGCAUAUUUCUAAGCUGGCUGUUUACUUCUGAUUUUUAUCUGCAAACCCUUCAGCUGUUACAGGGGUCCUGCUUUUUCUGGUACGGUUUUGAUGUAGCAUAUUUUUACUCUGUUGAGCAGUUAUGAAUGUUUCACUGUAGAGAUUAGUAUUGCAAAGAAAAAGAUCCAUGUA